AUGGAUCCAGCAUCGCGUAAAAGUCGUCGCAGUUCGAUUUUGAGAAUUAGACAGCCAGAGAAAGUUGCGGAAACUACGUCCGUCGAAAAUGAACAGAAACAAGUUUUAAAACGCCGCGUCAGCUUUCAUAAUGUGAAGACAGUACAAAACUUCGACAAAGACCAAUUAAAUCUUCUUGAUGGUUCCCCAUUUAACGAGAAAAUCCACGAAACGAUGAGUUCUGAUGGAGUUCUCACGCCAGCCAGAGCUCAGCUAAUGUUUUCAACUCCCAACACAGCUGUUCUUAUGGAGAACAGUAUUUCGGAAGAGAAUAACACGGGGAUUUUUGGGAGAGAUUCGAACCCGCGUUUGAGUUGCAAAGAAGUUACUAACUAUUCUCAGUGUGAUAUGUUGCUGUGUGAUACCAUCGGAACAAUGCUAGAUGCUGAUUCAAAUAUAUUACCGGAAGAUCGUUCAUCCGUCGAUAUGUCUAUUUCUGGCACUAUUACUGAAGGAGGGUCGAGCGAUGACACAUUGGCUGCUUUGGAAGUUAUGGAUGGGCAUCGCACAAUAGAAGUACCCGUAUCAGGAUUUUCUACGAAACUGGAACCCCACGUUUCCAAACGCGAAACCACUAUGGAUGAAACGAUGAUGGUUCUAAGUGUCAAGUCUGCUCCAGUAAUGUCAAUGCUCUCGAUCAAAUCUCACGAGAAGUCAUCGUUCGACGAAGACACUGCUCUUGUAUUCAAAGAUAUUACGACAAUACAUACUCGCAAGUCUUUUCAGGAUGGAUAUAUGGAACUUUCACCGACAAUGUCAGAAACUGGUAUUUGUGGUGACACUAUGGCGGUUUUUGAUACUGUCGUUCACGAUGAGAAGGAACAGUCACCUUCAGUGCACAUAGGUGUUGGAACCACUGUAAAAAACGAACAUGUUUGUGAGAGUGCGAUUCUUAGUGUUGAAAAGCCGACAUCUGAUCGACAAACUAGAGUUGAAAACAUGAAAUUCCAUGAAGCCGAAAUGCGUGGAAUGACUUUGUUCGGCGACCUUUCAUAG